UCAGGGGCAGAUUCAAGGAAAUCUGUGAGCGCCCCAACGGAUCCUGCCGACAUAACUGCAUCUCAACCGAAGUCUACGCAGGGAGGUGUUUGGACGGCAACCCGUGCUGCCUGCCUUUGGGGAACCAACCUAGAAUCAGGGGCACCGUACCCCAGGAUCACUAA